GGUGGAGGUAUUUAUGCAGUAUCUUCAACUAUUAAACUAACUCAAUCAUAAUAAUGUCAACAUUGACUCAAACACAGCUAAUACUAGUGGAGGUGGAGUGUAUCUACAGCAAAGUUCGAAACUGUACCUAUUUAAAACGGAUGAAGAAUAUAAGAUUCAGGAUCGAUAUGUCAAGUUAAUGAUUAACAACAUCUUGGCUCAAUACGGAGGAGGGAUAUUUGUGGCAGAUGGCACACAGAGGAGCGCGUGUGGAGGAGGGGUCACAGAAGAUGAUGAUACUCGUAACAUUUUUGCUGGCUGCUUCAUUCAAACAAUUAAACUGUAUGGGUUCGACAGGCCUGAUUUAAACUAUUUCAACACAUUCAUGACUAACAACACGGCUACCCAGUCAGGAGCAGACAUCUACGGAGGUCUAUUGGACAGGUGUACAAUUAAUCAAAAUGCUGAAUAUGAGAUUUCUUCAAAUAGAUCUAUAUUGGACUACAUAAAUAACACCAUCAAAUCCUCCACUGAAUUAUCUAUCUCCUCUGGGCCUGUUCAGGUGAUGUUUUGUAACUAUUCACAAAAUGACUAUGUUUCUCCAAGAAAGGGACACACAUUUAAAAUCAGAGUUAUGGCUGUUGACCAAGUUGGAAAUCCAAUGAAUGCUACAAUUCGCAGUUCUGUUAUCACUAAGAGUAGAGUUGGUCGCCUCAAAGAAGGACAGGCAGAACAAAAUGUUAGCAAUCAAUGCACAGAAUUAGAGUACAAUGUAUUCUCACAAGACAGCUCUGCUCAAGUGGAACUCUAUGCCGAGGGUCCAUGCAUCAAUUUGGGAAUUUCAAAACAACUCAUCAAAAUUUCUUUUCUACCCUGCACAUGCCCUAUUGGACUCAAACCAAUUCAGUCCGAUACUGAGUGCAAGUGUGACUGUGAUCCAGACUUGCUACAAUAUCAGAUUACAAACUGUUUUGAGGAAAAUGGAACCAUAAAGCUGGAAAAUAAUAACAACAUAUGGAUAGAAGUCAUAAAUACCACCAACAAAACAGGGUAUGUUGUUAGUAACUGUGUAUUUGACUAUUGUGUAGAAAAACCAGUCAACAUCAGUCUAAGCAACUCUGAUGAACAAUGUGCCUACAAUCGAAGUGGUGUCUUGUGUGGAGAAUGUCAAUCUGGACUGAGUCUUGUUUUUCGUAUCAUGGGUGAAUCUUGA